UCUGGAGACAGACGCUUGCAUCUCUGUUUGCAGUCCGGCUUGGAAUCUCUAUUGCUACCCCCUUCCCCCUUCACUUGCUUAGAGUCUCUUGGAGGAAAAAAAAAGAAAAGAAAAGAAAGAAAAGAAGAGAAAAAGAAAAAGGACACCCUCUCUCAAUAACACACGCAUAAGUAGUGCCCACCUCUUGCAGACUUGCCUGGCUCAGCCUGCAAAACUGUCAGGUGUGUGCUGGAGACACAGAUAAAUUUGAAUUGCUGUUAGGUUUCUUCUUUCAACACCCCUCCCAUCCCCCUUCCUGCUUACAGACUUCAGUGCUGGGGAAAGUGGCAAAAUAACCCUCGGGCAGAGUUAGGGCACCUGAACUGGGAGGGGAUAGGGCCAAGGGACAUGGGGCAGGGGUCGCUGUGGGUGAAGGGGGUGUCCGGAGUUGGAGGAUGUUGCCACAGGGCAGUGCCGCUGCUCCGGUGCUGUGUGUCCCUCCUGUCCUCUAAGCCUUCCCAUCUCUCCAGGCUUUCCAAUACUGUCACCUUUCCCAGAAAGGAAGUCACCGAAGUUGUCUGGAGGUCACUGGACUAACUGUUUCAAACUGCUUAUCCUACCUUGCCACCUUUUGAUUCUGUCAGAGCGCCUGCAGGGUAGAGCCCAGAGCACCCCAGCCCCUCCUCACCCCUCCUUGGGUGAGAGGAGACCCAAAGCUCCCCUCCUAUCCCCUUCCCUUCCAGCAGGGAACCUUCUUUUAGAUUCAACUCCUCCUCCUUCCAGAAUCUUAACAAGCCUUUCUGGAAGAGCCUGGAACCCCCACCCCCACCCCCACCGAGCCCCCAAGCCUCUCAGCACUGAGGGGUGACUAUAUGUGUUUAUUAAUUGUAUUGUUUUGGUUGUGCCGAUUCUGAGUUGCCGAAUGGGUCUAUGACCUCCUGUUAUGUUCAAACGCCCCUGCCCAGUAUUUCAAGAUGAGAAGACCUUGCAGACUCCCGAACUAUGUUUCAGAGCAGCUGAAUGGGUUGGACUAGUUUUGAAGAGAAACUAAUUUGUUUCCCACACUGCCCAAAGAGCAAAUAGGGGAUGGUGCCUGGAAACCACCCAAGUUCAGAACCACCCAAGUUCAGAAAGAGGGUUUGAAGUGUCUUAGGGAGGAUGGCAGGGAACAGACCCCGUAGCUAGAGGGUUGUGUUUGGCUUUGUGUUUUUUCCUCCUGUCCAGUAGAUCCGAUGCUAUCGAGCUGACUUAACCGUCCUGAGAAACAGUUCUGUCUUUGUGAAAAAGAGGAGGAAGUUUGAAGGCCUCUCUGAUCUGAACUCAGGAAUGGCAGAGGCCUGGACGCUGAUGGAGGGGAAGUGACCUUGAAGGGGAUGCUUCCUUGCUUUGAGGAAGCAAUCAGACUGUGAGGAAGCAGGCCUCCAGGAUCUUUCAAACAUUGAUUUGUCUGCUGUGAUCUCUGCCUUUGUUAUUUUCUCCUAAAGCAAUUCUCAUAACUCUUUAAACUUGCAUUACAUAGUAUUAAAUGCAUGUCCAUUGUGAAUGGUAUUGUACUGCACAUUAAACUGCCCAUUGACUGGGGUGGUGAGGAUAGGUAAGGACAGCUCUUUCCCCUUAGAAAUCAAAAUGGGCUAAGUCUUCUUGUAUGACGUGUGCUGAAACCUGCUGGUAUUCUUUGCUCAACCGAAUAGACUGGAUCAAUUGAUUAGGUUUUCGUGUGUGUGUGUGUGUGUGUGUGUGUGUGGUGUAUAGCUCAAUUUAUUCCGUGCAGUUUUUCCAGAAAUUAAAAGGUUACCAGAGAGUGCCAUGUUCCCAUUUCCAACCGAGCACCACUUAUUACCACAACAGUAUUUCAAUAUUAAGUGAUCUUCAAGGUCUUUCAUCUUUCAUUUUGAGCUCCAAAUUUGACUCAGCAUGAGUGUGGCAGAGCAGCAAGAUAAGAGCUAACAAAGCACGCAGACCCCCAGAACGCUCUCAGGGACAUGUCUCGGGAAAACAGUAGAAGAGUGACUUCUACUGAGGGACCUUGUUCUCAGCUGUACUGAGAAAUUUUGGCAAGAGCCUGCUAGAGGUCAUGGGCUUAUGUUUGAGACUUAUCUCUCUCUGUGGUUUGUUUCUCCGGCCCCUUUUCUCCGUAUAUUAAGUGGACACUCAAGGUGAGCUGUCUUGACGUUUUCAAACAGCCGAAUCCCUACAUUCACCUGUCCCAGAAAAGGCAACUGUUUAGAAGCUAUAUAACACACACACACACACACACACACACAAACACACACACAAACACACACACACACACACACACAAAUUCUCCUUUUGUUUAUAGAUGUGGCAACCAAGCACCUUUAUCUCUCUCCUCAUUUAUUUACUCCCUUACUUAUUUACUCUGAUGACGUGACUCUUUUUUUAUGGUAAACUCACUCAUUUUGGAGGAGGUCAAAGUAUACCUCUGGAGCGUGCCCAGCGAUGUCAGUUUCUGUUAGACAGUUUCUAGAUGGUAGGAGGUUAUCCUGGUCAAAGGACUUUAUGAAACAAAGUCGAAAAUUGGUAACAUUUUUGUUGGGCAGGGAGGGAAUUGUUGGAAAACUGUUAGAAUAGAAAGCUCGUAAGGGCAAGCCACAUUGAUGAAGAGAAACACUGAAGAAACUUUUGAAUAGUAGGUUGGCUAUGUAAUGGUCAACCACAAGAUAAAAUUUUUACACAGUAUUUUUAUGGCUUAAAUUGGCUGCAGUGUAAACCAAGCUUACUACUCUAUUAAGUCAUUAUACUCUUUAAUUAUUUAACAUUUCUGGCCAAGCUAUCUUCUGCGGUCUUUUUUGUACACAUCAGGACUGAUAUGUACGGUAGUAAUUGCUUGUUUGUGAGGACUUUGCUUUGGAAUAAGGUUUAAUUUUAACUUCUCCGGGGGCAAAUAUGAGGAAGAAUCUUCAGAAGGAAAGGGCUGUGAUGGAAAUGGCCCUAGUGCCCCGGAACAGGACUUCUACAGCAUUGCAAUGUGGCUCAUACAAUCCGAGUUAUUCUCACUAAGGGGCUCUGAUAGGAUCUGCCUCUCAGGUACCACACAUUUUGAAGGAAGAACUGUAUCUCUAUUUAAACGCAGAUCUUUGGUUUUCUCCAGGGGGCUCUUGGCAAAUCUUUCAAUCAAAGCACUGGUAGGAGAAAGGCAACUGAAAAAAAAAUUAUCCAGGAACAAUAGCGUCUGUCAUUGUGAAAUAAUGAUUACCAAGGAUCACAAUAUUGUGAUUCUUUUAGAAAAUCAUUUAAAAUUAUCUUCCUAAAGUAAAAAAAAAAUAACAGCAGGUUUGUUUUUGCUGUUGUUGUUUUUAUGUUUGCUUGUUUGUUUGGUUUCGUGUGGACAAAAGGCAUUGUCCCUUAGGAGAAGGGCUCAGUAAGAGAGAGACUUUUGGCAUCUCCUCCUCCUUGCGUUUUGGUGGUACUGGAGCAGAGACCCAGGGAACCACCGAACUCCAGCUCUGAGUGCUCCCUGGGUCAAGGAUGUUUCCGCCAAUAGCUUUCAUUUAUUUACUUUGAUCCCAUUUCAUCAUUGUAUUUGGAAUCAGUGGACCAAGGCUAGGAACCUCAGGGUGGGUCUACUCUGGAGGGAUAACUGUAACAGAUCUCCCAGACUUGAAAUAGACGGACAUACUUUUCUGAUGGUUCUGACCCCUUAGAUCCAGUAUAUUGGGAAGAAUCUCCUUUAAAAAGUUUUUGCGUGAAUAUUCGGGAUGCUUUUUUUGCUCCUGGUAUCAUUUGCUGGGAUGAGGCUUGGGCUGUCUGCAUCCUUAGACCAGGAAGUUUCUUUUUCUUGGAGAUUAGAUAGCCUUCAGUACUCAACCCUGAUUGCAAAACCUCUUCCAUAGAUUGCCUCCUCCAUUGUACUGGGUCUAGACCCAGCCCUCCAUUCUCCCUCAGACAUGCACACUGUACAGACACGGAUGUACUUAUACCCUUAUACCGGAUGACACCAAUGCUGGCAGCACAGACUCCUUCAGUUUGGGUUGUCUCCACUUAUAUUCUUAUGGUGAAAACCAUUUUUCCCAUUAAACUAUGUGAUGAUAAUAAUUAUUGCAAAACAAGCGAUGUAGUUCUUGAAAUGUUCAGGGCACUGGAGAUUCAACUCCGAGUUGCUUUUCUGGUAUGUCUGCUCAGGUAGAUAACCUUGAUCAAAUCAUGAUCCACCUGCUCUCCCUUUUUUUAAGUUACAGAGAAAUUAUUUUAAUUCCUUAGAAAAUAUCCAUUUCUAACAAAGAUGUUUGACUGCUUUGGCACUCAGAGUGCCAACAUUAUCUGAAGCAAAGCAAACUGUCUCUCUACUUUCACAGGUAUUUAAGGGGUUUUGUAAGUUGCGUUUCAAAAUAUAUGCUUCCCAUUUAAAUUUGAUCUCCUUCUUAGAUAUUUUCAAUUAAUAAGGCUUAUGUUAUGGCCAUGGCAAUUUAUAUUCAAACAUACCUACUUUAUUAGCACAGUUGUAGACUGUGAAACAAAUUUCCAUAUCCGUGAAAUACUAACAAGAGAAAUAACUAACAUUUGAUGUGGGUGAUAGUUUAUACAUUCCCCAUACCUCUUAGGAAGAUUAUUCAUUACCCAUCUUAAGAAGGCAAUCACUUUUUACAAGGUAAACGUUAUAUAAACAGAUUCUUUACUCUUCCUGUUUGCCUCCUUUUCUUCUUAAAUUUCUUCUUUUCUUGCUUUCCUCUCCCCCCACUUAAUAAUGUAAAGCCCCUUUUCUGGGACAGAGCAUUAUAAUUGCCUAACAUGUUUGUCUCUUGAAAGGGGAGCAGGAACAAGCAGCCCCCGCAGCUGGGGAAUAUAUCUUCUGCUCCCCAGCAUUCUAGAGGAAAAUGUUAGGUUGCAGAAAUCAUUUCAUGCCCUGUAUGUUUUCCAACAUAAAUCAGGAAGACUGUUAACAAGUUAUAGCCCUUCUUAGAGACUGCGGCUUUCUCUCUCUCUCUCUCUCUCUCUCUCUCUCUCUCUCUCUCUCGCCUCUGUAAACACAGCCUAUAUAUUUUUUCCAAGUUAUUGUGUGUGGAGAGAGAUCCAAAGUUGUCUGCAUCAAUGAGCAGUCUCUUCAGUUAGGAGGAGUUCAUCUUCUGCUUAGUACGGGUGUUUGAUUUCCGAAGGUUGCAGAAUUAGGACACAGUUUCGAUGGUCCUUUGGACCAGUCACCAUUAGAGGCUGAAACUUGCCUUUUACAGAUAACGUAGAUUUGACAGGAUGCUGGCUGUCACAAAAGGUUGGCAGCAGUGAAGGCAGCAUUGUCUGUGGCAUCUGGUGAUGAGUUCAUCAAAGAACAACCGUGGACUCUUUGCUCUCUCUCAGUCUCUACUCUGCUUUCCCCUUAAUGAUCCUUUCAGUGAUUAAGAAUAGUAACAAAUCAACUGAAAGUGGUGCUCUGGUUUACUGUUUUUCUAGAAACCAUUUUUUUUUAUGAAGGACCAUAUAUAUCAUGACUAUAACAAAGCUCAAGUUCAUUGGGUUGGAGUGGAUACCUCACAGGACUUAGACAUUCAGGGUUGAGUGUAGAUGUUUUCUUUAUCUGUCAUUCAUUGGCUGUUCUAAAUAGACUCUUUCUGCAAACAAAACAAAACAAAACAAAACAAAACAAAACAAAAAACACUACAAAAGUGUCUUAUGUUCCAGUGUCCUUGGUUAGAUCACAAUAGCUAGUGCGACCAGUUGGGUGAAAUAUUGUUUUAUCAGUGACACCCCAAAUGUAAAAAUAGUUUUCCUAUUGUGAUACAAGAGAUACACAUGACAGACAGUAUUCUUCACUGUCUAUUCAUGUUCUACACAUGACCAAGAAAUGUUCUUCAAUAUAUAAACAUGGGGAUAAGAGGGUCAAGCUUUAAGACAUGAAUCUGCAAGUUGAACGGGUAGAUUCAAACUCUUGCUGAAUGGCUGAAAGGGGUUUCAGAGAAAUUUCUAGGAAUUUUAGACACUGACAGCAAAACAGAGAGGCUUUGCUUUCCUGAAAUAGGGAGGCUUCACUGUUGUGAAGUACAUGGCCUUUGAAAGAUUUGGGUACAGUUUCCUUAUUGUUGUUGUUGUUGUUGUUGUUGUUGUUGUUGAUGAUGAUGACCAUUUGUGUUUUGUUUGUUUGUCACUGAAAUUCAUUAAACAUAGAACUGAGGGAAAAUAGAGAGAGAGAAAAUAGGCCAAGAUAUAAGAGAAGACAAGAUACAAAGCUAUUGCAGGUAGAAGAGGUAUGGGUGUGUGUGCAUGCAUGUGUAUCUGUGUGCCUAGAUGUCUGUGCACGUGGUAUGUGUGAAUGUGCAUGCGUGCAUAGGUGUGUGUGUGUGUGUGUGUGUGUGUGUGUGUGUGCGAAAUCACCUGUCCUAUUUUUACUGAACUGUGGGAUUGGAAGAAAACUGAAGGGUCAUGGGUGGUGGCUCAUAUCUGUAAUCUCAGCACUUGGAAAGUUGAAGCAGGAAGGCUGCCUUAUGCACCAAAGCUAUAGAGUAAGACUCUGUCUAAAACAAAGCAAAUCAAAACAGCAACAAUAACAAAAACAUGACAAAAAUAUAUAAACAAGCAAAAUCUACCAAAAACCAAGGGCAAUUAAUGCGGACAACCACUCUCUAUCUUCCCUUGAGGGGACAACUGUGGAAAAGACUUGUAGUUAGGUCUCCAGUUCUUGUUUUAGAACUUAUAUUGGGCCACUCACUAACUUUGGUGAUUUGGGUAAAUUAUCCAUUCCCUGAACCUUUAUCAUUUGUGACUAAUCAAAGUGUUGCCUCUCAAGAUGGCUGUGAGGAUUGAGUGAGGAUUUUUGGGCCAGCCUUGUCUGACCAGGUCUGAUCAUGCUUCUCUGGUGUGAAUUUAUGUCAUUGCGAGUCCCUUUUGUCUUGUCUGACCAGGUCUGAUCAUGCUUCCCUGGUGUGAGUUUAUGUCAUUGCAAGUCCCUCUUGUUGCUACUUUCUUUGCUUCCUGCAGGGCAAGCAGAGAGGGACGAAGCAGAAAGUAACACAGAAAUCGGCAGAGGAAGGUAGUUCUAUAGGCAUGGUGAUUCUAAUGUAGACAGUGCCAAUACACCAAAAUAUAAUAUACUAAAAUACAACAAAGCAUCUUUAUUUACUCCCCAACCCCCAGACGGCCAGUUCUUGUCCAAAUAAACAAGUAGAUAGCCUUAGAAGCCAAACCAUCAAAAUCAUAUCAGGACAGUAAAAGUAGGUGAUUUUACACACACACACACACACACACACACACACACACACACACACACCUUUUCUACUUUCAAUAUUCGGUGAUGGUCUUGUCUUAAGCCUUACCUGUCAUUCGUGAUCUCUACUGAUCAUUGAGAUUAAUCUGAAAUGUGUGCAUUUUUUUUUUGUGAAGGCUAUAGGAAUUGUUGUUUGAUAAUAAAUACUGAAAAGUACUGCUAUAAAUUGCAUCUGAAAAACGUGUCUUCAUGGGCAUAAGGUUAGAAGUAAAGAAUGGAAGGUUGGUUGACUCCACGUGCAGGUGAGGCACACAUAUUUUUUAGGGAUUUUUUUUUAUGAAUGAUUCACUGAUAUUAAGCCUAGCCAAUUUUGCCAUUAUAAACGAACUAUAUUCCAAAGCCUGCAGUGAAGGGAUAGGUCAGGAAUUGUUCAAGAAAUGGGCUGUUUGCACAGACAAUGCACUUAAAAACACAGAUUCAGAGAAGAAUGUUUGGAGUCUAUCUGAAACUAGGGCAUCCUUAGCCGAUUUCCCAGACAACGAUGGGCAGAAGUCUGCACUUUGUGAUCUGUUAAACCUAGAUGCUCAGGAAAAGUAGAAAUCAGAAAUGUCAUGAGACCCAAUUUGUCCUUGAAAGCCAAUUGCUAUUUGCUUUUGUCUAAACCAUGAGGUCCUCUGUUCGGGGUAGAUGUGUGCUAAACAAGAGGAAAACAAAACCCAGGAAGCUUAAUUAUGGGUUUGGUGGCAGGAACAUUGAUAGACGUAUGAUAAUUUGCCAGUUGCAGAUGAGCUGCCUCUGAAACCGGUCAGUUAAUACAGUUAGCCCAGCUCGGAUUUCUUUCUUAUUUAGCAGAAUGCAUGGGACGUGCUGUGCCUUUUCCCUCACAAUAAGUCAGUUAGCAGCACAGCAUCACCUUUAAGAGAUGGUCUCAGCUUCAAGACAUCUAAGCUACCCUUAGGGAAGUAAAAUUACGGUGACAGCACUGAAGGUUGGAGUAACAGCUCAGGGGUGCGAGGCCUAGCCCCGUAAACAACAAACAAAACUUAGGUACAGUAGGAGAAAGAACUGUAUGAAGUACGACCAAUUCAUACAGAUCCCUUAAGGAAUCCUUGGUCUCCCUACAGAGCCUCAUUGACAUCCGGGCUUCAGUCGACUAGCUGUGUCCUAUUUAUGAUGUGUGGUUUUUUUUUUUUUCUUACUAAGUAGUUGGCCAUAGUUUCAUCUGUUUCAUAAAAUAGUCAAAUGAGAGGAAGGUUGUUUUUUAGGUUGUUUGUUCGAUUUGCUUUGUGUGUACUGGAGAUGGACUCAGAGCAUGACAUAGACGGCCACUGUUCUACCAGCAAGCUGCCUCUCCUGCCCAGAGAAGGAAGAUCUGGCAAAGCUCUUGAGCAGUUCAGUAGGGGCUUUGGAGAAUAUGGGAUGGGAAGAAGGAAGACUUCACUCUUAGGAACUUGCGCUUUGGGAGAAGGUCCUGGGUUGUGAUUGACUUCGUACCCACAGCGUCUGGCACCGUGCCUGACUGUGAACAGAGGUUCAGUAAAUGUUUAUGAAUGCGUGAGUGCCUGGCUCUGUGGUCCAUCCCCAACAUAUGUUAACCUUUAAAUCUUCACACACAAAAAACCGUCUUGAAUGGCGGUGAGAUUGUAUCCCUUUCAUAGAUGAAGAAAAUGGAUAUUUUGAGCAACUGUUGAUCUUGUGUGGUAGAGGGGUAGUGUUGGGAUAGAAGUUAAACCAGGCAUCAGGGCUGACUUGUUCAUAACAGGGCGUGACUUGCGCUUGGGAGCACAUUGUUAUUGUUCCUAGACUGCAGUGUGGCUAACAUGCAAAAGGAAGAUUUUGACUGUACAUAGUUCACUGUUUUCCUGGGCAGGUCUGAGCCAGGCUUUGGACAAGGAGGGCAACAGUGCCCUGAGUUGCUUGCCACACUUCCUACCGCCCCAAUAAAGAGGCCAGUUGUGGUCUCUACCCUGGGAAGUGAGAUGCACCGUGUUGAACAGGCCAUCAUGUCUUGUCUUGGGGGUCAGGAGUGACCUGGCCCAGAAGCAUGGGCCGAAUCGAGAAGGGAGUGUGCAGUGAUUUGGAUCAGGUUUGCUCUUAGCCACUGCCUGUCCCACCUUGUAGUCCCAAUCACUGUUCUUCACGCUCCUUUUCCUUUUAAGUCCUGGCGGGCCAAACAGAUGACUUGGUGAGUUAAAGCUCCUGCCAAGAAGCCUGAUGACCUGAGUUUGAUCCUAGAAAUAACGUGAUGAGAGGAGAGAAGUAACCUCUGAUCUCACACCCCCCCAAACAGAUACAUAAUAAAUAAGAACACCUUUUGUUCAAAGACAUAGUAAAGUCUCAAUGGUUUGCCUCCCCUAUAUUGAGAUUGAUAAUUUAUUGAUAAUUUAGAUUGGUGGUUCCUGUGCCAGUAGGCAGGACCCAUGAUCUUUUCUCUGUUCUUAGUGCCCUGUUGUCUCUAAGGAUGGUGAACAGCCCACUUGGGGUAUGUUCUGCAGUCACCUCCAGUCGUCUUGACCACUUCGUAAAAUUCCUGGCUCUCCAUUGGCUCAGUCUAGAUUUUGGUCUGAAAGGAUCCGCUCCUGCCUUUUUCACUUCUCGGUUAUCUGGAAGUUUUAUGGGGGAUGGGGGUGUCCCAGACAAGGGGAUGGAGGGAAACAAAGAGGGAAGCACACCUUAGAUGGGGAUCUGGGGGAGCAGGGGUGUGCAGCUUUGCCAGUGAAGUGCCUUCUGUACAAACAUGGGUUCAAAUUCCGGGCACACCCAUACAAAACUGGAAUAGCAUCACAUGGCUGCACUUUCGGUGUUAGGAAGACUAGUGUGGCUAGUCACCUACCCUGUCAUAGCUCCAGGUUCAGUGAGAGACCCUGUUUCAAAAAAUAUGGUGUAGAGGGAUUGAGGAAGGCACUGGACAUCCAUUUCUGGCCUCUACAUGUGCACACACCCAUAUAAACACACACACACACACACACACACACACACAGAGAGAGACACACUAUAAGCAUAUAUAAACACAUAUACACGAGCACAAACCGGAUAAGCUGGUAAAGUUCGGUUAGCCUAUUGAGCACAGUGGGUGAGGGCAGCUGAGACAGAAGCUGUGUGCAGGGGGUGCCUUGCUCUGGUGCCACAUCCAGCAGGUGCCAGCCUUCCGUUAGCCGGGUGCUGUGCUGAGACGCAGAGAUGAGACCUGGCGGAGGGUAGACUCUUUCCACACUCCUCCCUGACCUGUGCAGGAGUCCGCCGGGGCGAAUUGUGUGAAGUUGUCAAAGGUUGCUCUGCACUCCAGUGCUUGGCUCGGGCUCCUCUGAAAUGUGAUACCAUUGGUUUUCAGUAAAGGUUCCUUUCUGCAGGGCUGCAAACACAGCUCAGCUGCUGCCCUGUACACACAGCCCUGGGAGCAGACCAAGCAGCACCUUCCCAGCAGCCUUUUGAACCCGAGACUCUCCCAGAUCCUCUCUUCGCCCAGGAAGUUUCCUUCUCUGUUGUCAGAUUUAGCACCAGACUCCCCCGUCAUCAGAUCCGAGCAGGCUCCCUGCUGCACAGUACAGAGGCUUGCUUAAGACAUUUGUCCUUGAAACUGCACCAAACUCUUGGAAGAGCCCAGAACGUAGUAACGUGCUGGUUCGUCAAUGAAGCAAGCUGAAGUGAUGAAGAUGUAAGGAAAGCAUCCUACGCUAACACUGUCGCAGUCGGAAAGGCUUCUCUGCAGAAUGUCAAACAAAGAUCGACACAUUGAUUCCAGCUGUUCGUCCUUCAUCAAGACGGAACCCUCCAGCCCAGCCUCCCUGACGGACAGCGUCAACCACCACAGCCCUGGUGGAUCUUCCGACGCCAGUGGGAGUUACAGUUCAACCAUGAAUGGCCAUCAGAACGGACUGGACUCGCCACCUCUCUACCCCUCUGCUCCUAUCCUGGGAGGCAGCGGUCCUGUCCGGAAACUGUAUGAUGACUGCUCCAGCACCAUCGUAGAGGAUCCCCAGACCAAGUGUGAAUAUAUGCUCAACUCCAUGCCCAAGAGACUGUGCUUAGUGUGUGGCGACAUCGCCUCUGGGUAUCACUAUGGGGUUGCCUCAUGUGAAGCCUGCAAGGCUUUCUUCAAGAGGACAAUUCAAGGUAACAUAGAGUACAGCUGCCCGGCCACGAAUGAAUGUGAGAUCACCAAGCGCAGACGCAAAUCCUGCCAGGCCUGCCGCUUCAUGAAAUGUCUCAAAGUGGGCAUGCUGAAAGAAGGGGUCCGUCUUGACAGAGUGCGUGGAGGUCGGCAGAAGUACAAGCGUAGAAUAGAUGCUGAGAACAGCCCAUACCUGAACCCUCAGCUGGUGCAGCCAGCCAAAAAGCCAUAUAACAAGAUUGUCUCGCAUUUGCUGGUGGCUGAACCAGAGAAGAUCUAUGCCAUGCCUGACCCUACUGUCCCCGACAGUGACAUCAAAGCCCUCACGACGCUCUGUGACUUGGCUGAUCGAGAGUUGGUGGUUAUCAUUGGAUGGGCAAAACAUAUCCCAGGCUUCUCCACACUGUCCCUGGCGGAUCAGAUGAGCCUUCUCCAGAGCGCGUGGAUGGAAAUCUUGAUCCUGGGUGUUGUGUACCGAUCACUUUCGUUUGAGGAUGAACUUGUCUAUGCAGACGAUUACAUAAUGGAUGAAGACCAGUCCAAAUUAGCAGGCCUUCUUGACCUAAAUAACGCCAUCCUGCAGCUGGUGAAGAAAUAUAAAAGCAUGAAGCUAGAGAAGGAAGAAUUUGUCACCCUCAAAGCAAUAGCUCUUGCUAAUUCAGAUUCCAUGCACAUAGAAGACGUGGAGGCUGUCCAGAAACUUCAGGAUGUGUUGCACGAGGCCCUGCAGGAUUACGAGGCUGGCCAGCACAUGGAAGACCCACGCCGUGCAGGCAAGAUGCUGAUGACGCUGCCGCUCCUGAGGCAGACCUCCACCAAGGCGGUCCAACACUUCUACAACAUCAAACUUGAAGGCAAAGUGCCCAUGCACAAACUGUUUCUGGAAAUGCUGGAAGCCAAGGUCUGACUAACAGCCCCCUGAGCCCUCCCGUCCUGCACGUUCAAAAGGGAAGAUAAAACCCAAGAAUGAUGUCGAAGAAUCUUAGAGUUUAGCGAACAACAUUAAAAUUCAACAGACUGCACUGAUACCUUAGCAGCCACAGUACGAUGCAGCCUGAUGCAGCCUGCGGAUUCCGCCAAUCUUCCUGUUAGGUUUCCUCUACUUUAUCCCAUGAUCCUCUGGCCACCUCCCUGCGUUCCCCACUCUUCCUUGUUCCGUUAUUAAGUUUUGCUUCUUUCACUCAAGGUUCCUUCUCCCUCUCCCGCUUCCUUUCUUCUGCCCUCUUCCUUUCUCUUCCUUUCCCCAAUCUUCUUCUCUUGCCUUGUUCUUGUCCCUCCUCCCUUCCUCACAGCCCCUCCCACCCUACAUAUCCAACACCUCUAAGUGUACGGGACAUUUCUUCCACCUCUUACGUCUCUUCCCCACCUCUUCCUCCCCCAUUUUUUCCUUUCCUUCCUUCUGCUGCUGAACUCUUAAAAGCGGUCUCUAACUGGAGAGAGAUGGAAACCAACCCUGCCAAAGGACAGAGAUCCAUACUAUGGAUGCCAGUGAACUUGUAGUGAACCAUGACAGCCCCAGUGAGUAAGGAAUCAAAGAGAGAACCGUACCUGAAGAACAGUGCAAUGCAAACGAAUCGACUUAGUGCAGUAUUAGAGUCUACGGGGCAGCCUCCGACCAGACAACCUAAGUGGCGGCGGCAUCGGCUGCUUCUCCUUGCUUUCUCAUCUAGAUCAGUUACAGCCAUUUGAUUCCUUAAUUCUUUUGUCAAGUCUUCCAGGUGUUGGUUAGUUUAGCUACUAUGUAACUUUUUCAGGGAAUCGUUUAAGCUUUAUUCAUUCAUGCAAUACUAGAGAGGGGUAAGGAUACCGCAACCUCGUGCUGGCUUUGAACAAUUGAACACUAAUGAAGGACAAAUGAACCCUGAAGGAAGAUUUUUAAAAAUGUUUUGUUUCUUCUUACAAAUGGAGAUUUUUUUGUACCAGCUUUACCACUUUUCAGCCAUUUAUUAAUAUGGGGAUUUAACUUACUCAAGCAAUAGUUGAAGGGAAGGUGCAUAUUACCACGGAUGCAAUUUAUGUCGUGUGCCAGUCUGGUCCCAAACAUCUCUUUCUUACAUGAGCUCCAGUUUGCCUAAAUGUUCACUGACACCAAGGAUUAGAUUAUACCUACCGUGACACCGAGUGGUCCCGUCCACGAGCACUGCACAUGGGAUCCCUAUCUGUAGAAUUAGCACCAGUACACCUCCCUGCUGGGAGGGACAGUCGCCAUACGAUUUCUAGCUGCACUCGUGGUUAGGAACAAGAUGCUGCCUGUAUGCAGUUGCAAACUCUGUCUCAGAAGGAGCUGUGAGCCAAUAUUUCAGAGGCAAUAAGGCUAAUGCCAGAAUUCAAACAAACCAACCGUCAAAGACAGCAGACACCUGACCAAAUUCUAAAGUCCUAAUCCGUAGGAGUUGAUCCACUUUAGGAAUGGUUGUUUCAAUUAACCUGCAGGUUUGUUUUGUUUCGUUGUUUGUUUUUUAACCAAAAGCUAAGCCAAUAGAUGUGCUUUUCAACAAGCGUGGUCACAGCACGAAGGUCAGUCAGGUUUCAGACUGUAACCAGGUGUAAUCUAAUGAAGAAAUCAGAUGCCCCCUCCCGAAACCUACAGUCGCCCGCCGAAUAACCAGAAAACAGUAACCUCCAUAGAAUGCUUUACCAAUGGACCAGUGUUAGUAGCUGCUCUCUGUAUUCUGUGGAUAGUCUUACUCUAUGUACACAGAUGUAAUUAAAGUUGUACCCCUAACAAACAAAAGAAUAGUUCAGCUUCAAUGUUCCAUGUUCGCUGCGCUUUUCUGAACUUUACGUUGCAUUCAGAAACUGUCGUCUUGUUCUCGUGGUGUUUGGAUUCUUGUGGUGUGUGCUUUUAGACACAGGGUAGAAUUAGAGACAGUAUUGGAUGUAUACUUCCUCAGGAGACCACAGUAGUAUCUUCUACUCCUUACCAGUAAUAACUAAGAGAUUGAAACUCCAAAACAGUAUUCAUUAUGAUCAGACACACAUCAAAAUCAUAAUAUUUUCAAAAAAGGGAUAAUUUCUCUAAUGGUUUAUUAUAGAAUACCAAUGUAUAGCUUAGACAUAAAACUUUGAAUAUUCAAGAAUAUAGAUAAGUCUAAUUUUUAAAUGCUGUAUAUAUGGCUUUCCCCUGAUCAUCUCUCAGAUGUUGUUAUUAACUCGCUCUGUGUUGUUGCAAACCCUUUUGGUGCGGACUUGCUUCCAAAACUAUUGCUACUUUGUGUGCGUUAAGCAAAAUACCUUGGACUGAGGACGUCUCAGCCCUGUGCUAGGAAUACUGUGUAUCUAUCAUUAGCUAUGUGGGAAUAUAUCGUAGAUUGUGGUUCUCAGUAGAGAAAGUGACUGUAGUGUGAAUCUAGGUAAAUCAUCGUUAGCAAUUCAUUCGGAUGGUCGAUAACUUGAAAUUGAUAGCUGUGAUAAGUUAAAAAAAAAUUGGCAAAUCCCUGACUAAACAUCAACAGAAAAUACAACUCCUGGGGGGUGGGGGAAGGUGCUCAUCCUGUAAGAUUCUUCAUCAUGUAUGUGUUCAAAACAUUAUUUUGCAGAAGGUUUAUGCAGGGUUUAAGUUACUAUUGCGCAAUUACGCUAUGUGUACAAAAGGAAUAUAAAGUGUAUCGACCACCUCACUGAGUCACACCCGAGGGUCUGAGCUUCAGAAGCCAGAGCCCGCAAGUGAUCGUGAGACAGAAACACAUUUAAAGAAUGAGGUACAAUGUGUCGUCCUCUGUUUAAAAGACUUGGCCUUUGAAAACAACAAGUAUCUCACAACUGAAGUGAAAAAAAAAAAAAACAGCUUGAAAUGUAGAUCUAAAAGGAACGCACGGGCUUCUGGGUAGAUGCCAUUUGUACCUUGCUCGAGCAAAGUUGAUCGUUUUUUCAAGUUUCUAGCAAGACCAUUUAGUUAAUGCCAGCUGUCGGGAAGAUACCAAGGUGUAUGUUUUAGCCAUGCAAUUUACAGUUUUAUUUUCCUUUUAGGUUUGUUCUUAUUUAAGGCGAUAUGAUUGUUUUGGCUCCUUGUAGUGACUCUUCGUGUUUUAAUCAAGUCAGAUUGUUGUAUUUAUUCCACUAUUUUGCAUUUAAAUGAUGACAUAAAAGAUAUAAAAAAUUUAAAACUGCUAUUUUUCUUAUAGAAGAGAAAAUGGAUGUUGGUGAUUGUAUUUUAAUUAUUUAAGCAUCUCUGUUUACCUGCCUGGGACAACAUUUUAUGGCAGUCUUAUGUGCAAAGAUCCUAAAUGGACAAAACAAAAUUUAAACUGCUUACAAUGAUCCAGGAGUUGCAUUAUAGCCAAUAGUAAAAAUAAUAAUGAUAAUAAUAAUUAAUAAUAAUAAUGAAACCAUGUCUAUAGCUGUAGAUGGGCAUCACAUCUGUAAAGCAAUCAAUUGUAUAUUUUUGUGAUGUGUACCAUACUGUGUGCUCCAGCAAAUGUCCAUUUGUGUAAAUGUAUUUAUUUUAUAUUGUAUAUAUUGUUAAAUGCAAAAAGGAGCUAUGAUUCUGUGACUCCAAUCAGUUCAGAUAUGUAACUCAAAUUAUUAUGCCUUUCAGGAGGAUGGUAGAACAAUAUUAAACAAGCUUCCACUUUU